AUGGUAGAAAAACAGCAAGAGAUUUGUAGAGGUAACUAUCCAAGCAAAAAGUCACCUUAACCAGGACAAUCAUAAGCUGACAGAAGGAAAAAAAUGGUUUUAAUAUGGUGAUAGAAAACUUGUCAGUUUUUUUGUAGGAUACCUGAGGUUACUACAACUUAGUUAUGUUAGACCCGGUAACGAGUUGAAGUAUCAUGAUUGACUUUCUCUGGACAAUAUUUGCUCCUGAGCCAUUUUCCAUUAGGCAAUAUACUAAUUAGUUUUACGAGCAUUAUAUAUCCCAAUGAGCAAAUAGACUGCUUUAUAAAGUUGUUAUUACCUAUAUAUUAACAUCAAUGUUUUUUUUAAAAGUUAAACACAUAAGAGCAAAAUGGGGCAUGGGUGUUUGAGAAUAAAAAGCAGAAAUAAUUUUGCGACAAGUUCCCUUCUUAUAUUAGUCUGCAACCAUGUUUGCUAAAAUGAAAAUAAUUUCCUUUUCGUUUACUGACGAGAGUCGUCCAAAUUUGUAUUUACCUUUGUACUGUUUGGUUCAGUGUGAUGCCUUCAAAUCAAUUCUUUCCUUUUCAAAGUGUAUGUCUCGGCCAAACGAAGCAUUUAGAGGGCACCCAGGCCCGCGGACAAAAUUUUUAAGAUACUUGGAUUUUUUCCCGGGGAAUAUACCCUUAAAUACACUUUAAGCCACAUAGGUAUGUGCCACCCCAAAGGAUAUGGUUUUUGCGCUUUUUCUGUCUAAAAACUGGUAUACACUUUGCUCAUUUUGGUUUGGAAUUGGCUAUGGUUUUCGAGGGAAAAAACGUCGCGUAAGAAUGAUUUGUCGUUUCAAUUCCAAAUUAAUGAAUAAGAAAGAAAAAGAAAUAUUUGCGAAUUCUAUGACAUAAUUUCUGCCUGGAGGCCAGGAUUGAAAAAGGGCGUGGAAAAUGACAAUUUUUUUUGGUUUGAAAUAAGGCCAGGAGUUAAAGAACUGGGCGGCUCACCCCCACCAAGAAUUCCCAGCAGCACCCCCCCCCCCCCCCCCCCCCCCCCUCCAACGAGAUUUUCUUCAAGUAGUAAGUAAUGCAAAAAACGGUCACGGUUUAAGUACUAGGGCUACGGGAAAAACGUGCGGACCGAAAACGAAAUGAUUUUAAAAGGCAAGUGCCUGUAACAACACCUCCGGCUCCCCUUAGCAGUAACACCAACUUUCUCUUUCCUUGCAACACGGCUUGUGUUAGGUAAUCACUGAUUUCAAAAACCUAUUACGAAAAAAUUUUGGCUUCCAGAUAAAGAGUAUUUCAAACAAAUCGUAUCCGACUUCUUCUUUAAAGAGUUCUUUGUUAUGCUUUAACUAUCUUUUUUUUUCUUGUUCACUCAUGUAGGCGAACAAUCUAACAGAAGUACAGUCAUUAAUUGUUAAGUGCGGACCCAACUAAACCGGACGAUUUCUAAAACGGUAAGUACUUGUAACAACCCCGAUCCCGAUCUUUUGUAGUGACUUUAUGAACUGACUACUCAGGAUCUUGCCGUUAAAGUUCAGACUACAGACUUGGCAAAAUGGCUCAUUUGGUAACUCCUUUUUUCUUUACUUUUUACGCAGUCAUCCAGGCGAACUCGAAAUCAGUCAAAAUUGCUGAAAAUACCUUUUUGGAGGCAAAAAGACAGAACAUUAGAUAAGGUAGUACACUGUUUAUUUAACAUUAAUCCGAUAUAUUGCUAUUCGAAGCAAACUCAUGAUUGUGUGGGUAGCCUGUGGUAUAAACCACGAAGGAAUCCUCGUCCCAGGGUCUACUGAUGUUCCGGCCAAUAUGGCGGCGUGGGGCUGUUGAUGAUCCAAGGGCGGUUUGAGAUAUGGAAACUAGCGUUUACUCGGGGCUGUUAGUUUGGAGCAGUGCAAACCUAAUUUAAGCUUGAUAGUAGCUACAAAAAUUUCAAGAAAGGGCUCUGCACUAUAAAAACCAAAAUACCAAAGAAGUCGAUAGAAUUAGAAGGUCAGGACAGACAUAAAGGUAUUACAUAUUUACAGGGCACCCAACGACUAUGGAGUAGAUGGCUAGGAUGUAAAAGUAGGCGGUGAUUUCGCACCUUCCUGUAGUUCCCCAAAAAGUAGGCGGCUCAAAACUCGAAGAAGCUAGUUUUUUUUCCGGCUGCCGGCACUUAAUGAGAAUAAUGCAUUCUAAGCGAGUCUAUAACAUUUGUAUCUGUUCGGUCAUCCAAGGGGAACUUGAGGCUUUUCGAAAUUACAAGGGCUUCAGUUUUAUUUUCCUGAAAGUAUGAGGCCGUAAGUUAAUUAAGUUCAUUUCUUUAUCACCUAGAGAUAUGUCAAGAGAUCAGAGGCACAAUUUAAAAGAUUUGACCAACAAAAAACAAGAAAGGUAAGUACAAUAUUAAAAUUAUUUUAUUUUAUUUAUAUAGAUUAAGCAGUCUAGCAACACAGUGUAG